AACCAAUAACAAAGUUAGGUAUGGUAAUAAAUAUAGUAAAGAAGACAAGCAGAAAGUUACAUAGAUUUAGAAGGUUUAGUUGAAGUAAUUAACAACUGGGCUCGAGAUGAAGUUUGGGGGUUUUUCUGUAGCCGUGCAGUACUAGACUAGAAGUUAGGUUGCUGUGUUUUCUUGUCCUAGGGUUCUUCCAAUUUUUUAUUCUUAUCACCAAUUGAUUCACAAUUUUAUUGUUAUUUUUUGUUCCAUAAGUGAAAUCCCACAGCUCCGGUGCCUUAUCCAAAUAACAAAAUUAGGAAACUAUAUCUGGAUUUCAUUUGUCCUUUCUCUUGAAUUUACUCCUUCUCUGCCUGCAAGAGGCUUUGGGGGUGGGGAGAAAUGAAAGGCUGAAAAGUAGAUGUGUGUAGUAGAUGUAGUGGGUCAUCAGGGUCGGGUCAAAAUACAAUUUUGGUUAGUUGGUAAAUGUUGAUGGGUGCCCACACUGCCUAGGGGCUGUAGAUUGCCUUGACCUAUUGGUGGGUUUUUACCUUACCAUCUCUUUUACUGUACUUGAUACGUUUAGGGUUUGCUUCAGAUCUGCUGUUCCUGAUUCAUAUUUGGUUUGGUGGAUUGGAGUUUCAGCUGCUGGAGGUCACUGGGAAAGUUUGAUCUAAGAUCAAGCAUACAUGCAUAUCUGUCAUGGGGACAGAACUCGUUAGUCACUGCGUCAAGGAUGAAACUAUAGAUAUGUCAACAAUUCCACCUGGAUUUGAGUCACUUGCAUCCUUCACCCUGGAAAAGGUCAAAGAUAAUGAAAAGAAAACCAAUUGCUCAGCCUCUUCAAGUGAAAUGCAAUUACAGAGAGCUAAGGUUGAACCUGAUUUAGAGGGUGUGGAGGAUGCAAAACUGAAGUCUAUAAGGCGUAGACCUUGUAUAAGCUAUGGCCAAGUUGAGAACAGCUCAGGAGAUGAAUCUGACUCUGAGCAGAAGGUCUCCUUCAGGCUACAGCUUCCUAAAGGGGUUAUCCGUGGAUGUGAAGAGUGUGUCAAUUGCCAAAAGGUCACUGCACAAUGGCGUCCAGAAGAAGCACGUAGGCCUGAUCUUCAGGAUGCUCCAGUGUUCUAUCCAACUGAAGAGGAAUUUCAAGAUACUCUACAAUAUAUUGCAAGUAUACGUCCCCAAGCUGAAGCAUACGGCAUUUGCCGCAUAGUACCUCCUGCUUCGUGGAAACCUCCAUGUCCCCUCAAGGAGAAAAACGUAUGGGAAAAAUCCAGAUUUAUUACUCGUAUACAAAGGAUAGACAAGCUUCAGAAUCGGGACUCAAUAACAAAAAUGUUGAAGAUUAAUCACCACAAGAAAAAGAAAAGGAGAAGAUGCACUAAGGCAGGAGUAGAUCAGAACAGUGCUAUUUGUGAUGUCAAGGUUCCUAGUGAAGCUGCAAUUUUUGAGUCUGAGAGGUUUGGCUUUGAACCUGGUCCAGAGUUUACUCUGGAUUCAUUUCAGAAAUAUGCUGAUGAUUUCAAGGCCCAGUACUUCAGAAAAAAUGAAGGGCAAUGUGAGCCCUCAGUGGAGAAUAUUGAAGGUGAAUAUUGGCGGAUGGUCGAGAAACCCACUGAAGAAAUUGAGGUGCUUUAUGGAGCCGACUUGGAAACUGGAUCAUUUGGUAGUGGGUUCCCUAAACAUUCCCAUCAAGUUGGAUCUGCUUUGGACAUCAAAUAUAUAAGUUCAGGGUGGAACUUAAAUAAUUUUCCCAGGCUUCCAGGUUCACUACUUUCAUAUGAGAGCAGUGACAUAUCUGGUGUUCUGGUACCUUGGCUGUAUCUAGGAAUGUGCUUUUCUUCUUUCUGCUGGCAUGUUGAAGAUCACCAUCUAUACUCACUGAAUUACAUGCACUGGGGAGCUCCCAAAAUGUGGUAUGGUGUUCCUGGGGCAGAUGCCUUGAAGUUGGAAGCUGCUAUGAGGAAACACUUGCCUGAUCUCUUUGAUGAGCAGCCUGACUUACUUCAUAAGCUGGUCACACAACUUUCGCCCAACAUACUGAAGUCUGAUGGAGUACCUGUUUAUCGAUGUGUUCAAAACGCUGGGGAGUUCGUUCUGACCUUCCCUCGAGCAUAUCAUGCAGGCUUCAACUGUGGCUUCAACUGUGCAGAAGCAGUAAAUGUGGCUCCAGUUGACUGGUUGCCCCAUGGACAGAAUGCCAUUGAGCUCUAUUGUGGGCAAGGCCGAAAAACAUCCAUUUCUCAUGAUAAGCUAUUGCUUGGGGCUGCGCGUGAUGCAGUAAAAGCACAUUGGGAACUUAGUUUACUGAGGAAGAAUACUUCAGAAAAUUUGAGAUGGAGAGAUGUUUGUGGGAAAGAUGGAAUUUUGUCUAAAGCAUUGAAGACACGUAUUGAGAUGGAACGAGUGAGGAGGGAGUUUCUUUGCAAUUUGUCACAGGCCUUAAAGAUGGAGAGCACUUUUGAUUCUACUAGUGAGAGGGAAUGCAGUGUAUGCUUUUUUGAUCUGCAUCUUUCUGCAACAGGCUGUCACAACUGUUCACCGGACAAAUAUGCAUGCUUAAACCAUGCAAAACAAUUGUGUUCAUGUUCCUGGGGCGCCAAGUUCUUUCUUUUCCGUUAUGACAUCACUGAGUUAAACUUACUAGUUGAUGCUUUAGAAGGGAAACUAAGCGCAGUAUACCGAUGGGCAAGAUUAGAUCUGGGAUUGGCUUUGAGUUCAUAUGUGACCAAAGAGAAUCAAGUCCCUGGGAUUAUUGGUAGGCUAUCUUCCAACUCUUCAGGUUCUGUACCAAAAGAGGUAAAUCCAAGACCACCUGCUGAAUCAUUAAAAGAUAAGAAAGAGGAAAUACACGCAGAACUCUUGAAAAAACCUAUUGGGCACACCGGUCCAUUGCAAAAAGGGAAGCUGCCUGUAGAAUCAGUGACUUUUCAAACUAAGCCAUCUUCAGUCAUACAGAAUUCAACACAAGCAGUUGAGGAAGCAAAGAAUAACUUCCAGAACCAAAAAGAAGGAUCAGAUAAGUUGGAUUCUGAUAGAAAGACUCCUGUUGUUGAGCUUUCUCAAGAGGGUAAACCACUGACUAAAACCUUGUGUAUAACUAAACCUGAAGUAAAGAGGCCUUCCCUUCCUGAAGAUGUUGUACUUAGUGCCGAAGACGGAGAGAAACCUACAGUAAUUCCUGGGAGAGUGAAGGGUUCUCCUGAAAAGCAGAGAGUCUGCCUGGGUAAUAGUGUUAAAGUGCCCGUCUCUGCAGUCUACAUAACUGAUGGUACCAUUCACGGAGAAACUAUCAAUUCUUCAUCUACUUUGGGCUGCAUAAAGGUUGAGAACGAUCAAUCUGAAACACCUAAAAGCCCCACUGUAGUAAACCAUUCUUUCCACGUAGUUGUGUCUUCAGAUGAUGUUAAUAAAAGUUCUCAGGGUCUUCAGAUUAAAAAUGGAAACACCAAUUGUAAUGUGGAAGUUGUAGAUAGUCUUUUCCCACUUAAGCUGUCUAGUGAGAGUAACUCCAAUAAAGAAGAUACGCCUAAAAAAAUAGAUGUAGAUGGCAACUCAAGAUCAAUGGAUGUUGCACAAAGUUUGUCAUCUGCUUCUCAAAAUAAUUUGGACAGAUAUUUUCGACAAAAGGGUCCUCGCAUUGCAAAAGUGGUGAGGAGAAUCAAUUGCAAUGUUGAAGUACUGAAUUAUGGAGUUGUCCAUCAUGGAAAGUUAUGGUGUGAUAGUCGGGCCAUAUACCCCAAUGGAUUUAGGAGCCGCGUCAGAUAUAUUGAUGUUUUAGAUCCAACGAACAUGUGCUACUAUGUUUCUGAAAUCCUGGAUGCAGGACGAGAUGGACCUUUGUUUAUGGUCUCCUUGGAGCAUUGUCAAAGUGAAGUAUUUGUCCAUGUCUCAGCUGUCAGAUGUUGGGAAAUGGUUCGCGAGAGAGUGAAUCAGGAGAUCACUAAGCAGCAUAAAUUGGGAAGGGCAAAGCUUCCUCCACUGCAGCCUCCUGGAAGCCUUGAUGGCAUGGAAAUGUUUGGUUUUUCCUCGCCAGCAAUUGUGCAGGCUAUUCAGGCUUUGGACCAAAGCAGAGUCUGCAUGGAGUACUGGAAAUCACGGCCGUUUAUGCAGUUUCCACAGUGUUCUCCAUCUGGGAGCAACUUGAAACCCAAAUCCGAGUGCCCUGAUGAUCAGGAAGCUGGCAAAUAUGAUACAAUACUCAGCAACCUUUUCAAGAAGGCUAACGCCGAAGAACUUCAUGCACUCCAUAGUGCGCUAAAUAUCAAUUCCUCUUCGGCUGAUCAAACCUUAGUGACUCGGUGUCUUGGCGAAGAGAUUCAUAGGCGAGGAAAAUAACUUCUUUCUCAUAAUGGUCAGUCUGUGCCUCUAACAAUGAGUUUUUUUUUUAGCUUUGUAAAUGCUGUGUCCCAUUUUUUAGGUCAGAUACCCAUCUCCAUAUUGAUUCUGUUGUUCUCCUCAUAGAUACAUUUGUUCUGGCUUGUACGGAAGAGCCAGGUUUCACUCAAAAUGUUUUGGAUCAUGUUCACAUUAUUUCAAGAAAGUAAAAGAAAUCUAUUUUCAUUUUC